AUGAACAGGCCUGGCUCCUCUGCUGCGACUCUAGAUGCAGACACACGACAUCCAUCUCCCCACGUCAACAGCCGGGAUAAGAAGCAUUCUCCACCAGAGGGUCAGCAGGACCCUCGGAGAGGGACGAAGCCAGCAACGACCCGCUGCAGGCCCGCGUCCCCCCGCCUCAACCCUGCCACGGCAGGACGCGCCGGGGGGACAGCCGGACCCAACCCGGCCCUCCUCACCUGUACAGAGCCGCACGAUGCCGGUCCGCGGCGGCGGCCCCUCCCGCACCCUGCCGCGGGCUCCGCCUCAGCCCUUCCAGAGCUGCCGCUCCAACAGCCCCCACGGCCCCCCGGAACCGGACGCGUAUCCCUACCCUUUCCUUCCGCAUCCAACAUGGCGGCCGCCCUCCGGUCACUGCCGCCGUCAUCCGCCCGGGCUUCCGGGACACCCACAGUGGUGGAGCGGCGGCGCUCCGCUUCUUCAGCCAUGGAGACCGUGAGCCGCCGGCCCUUCAAGGAGGCCGAGCCCGCGCGGGAGCCGCUGGAGCUGAGUCUUCGGCUGUGCGCGGAUGGUGCCGGGGAGCAGGGUGACGCCGCGGCCGCCCGCUGUCCCUGGGAGAUGGGGCAGAGCACGGUGGUGAGCGCCCUGCUGGCGCGGUGCCUGGCGGCGGGCGCCGUGACCCAGGAGACACUGGAUUUAAACUGUAGACCUCCCCUGUGCUCAGUGAAAUUCGCAGAGAUGGAAAGAAUGGCAAACAUGCGAGCUGAAAUCAAUGAGAUGAAACUGAAAACUGAAAUCUUGCAGUUGGAGAAGGAGGCAGCAGAUAUUACUCACCCUUUUUACUUAGGCAAAAAAUGUGAGAUUAUGCAAGAUAUGAACAGACACUUGGAAGCCAUACUGAAAGAGGAGAGGGCUCUUAGAAAGAGGUUGAUGAAGCCCAGAUGUCAAGAGAGCCUGCCUAUUGAGGCCACUUUCCACAAGGAUAUAGUAGAGUUGUUGACUGAGGCUGUGACUUUCAUUGGGAAGCUUGAAAGCCAUCUGCAGACCAUUAGAAGCAUCCCUCAGAUACCAAACAUGGUGAAUAACAUGGAGACUGCGUUGACAAAAACAGAGUUGCUUGUGAUAGAACUGGAGGAACUGACAGAGCAUAUCCUGAAAUGGAGAGAACUUCAAAGAACUUCCAACGUCAUCUGCAGUACUGCUGAAUUGGACUUUGGCUUAUCUGUAACCUAAGAACUCAUUUUCCUCAAAUAGGAUGCCUGUUCAAAAAACUACCUUUUUACAGUCUUCUGUGAAAACUACAACAGAGUUGUGGUGCUUUAGGGGGAUUUUAUAGGUAGUUAUGUUUCUGUUCUUAUACAACAGUUCAUGAGCUCUAGUUCAUGGAAAGACAGACUACCGAGAAGACUGUUAAGGAGUUCCUCUUUGAAAUAGUUGGACAGGAUUCUCUUUGAGCCUGUAUUGUCAAUGCAUAUUUGUUUUGGUAUUUCUUUUGCACUUGCUAUAGUGUCUCUGUUUUCUAUGAGGAUCUUGAUAAUAUGCUGUAUUUUGUAUGUUGCUAUAAAACUUCAAUAAAAGCACUAGGUUUCAAGA